AUGAAGAAAAGAACAAGUGCUGAAUAUAGCGCUGCUAUUUCAGACGCUACAGGAGAUCUUGGCUGUUUCGGCUUCAUCCUCCUUGGUAUUUCCUAUCUACUGAUUCUCAUUACACUUCCCUUCUCUUUAUGCUUUACAACAAGAGUUAUCGCUGAAUAUGAAAGAGCGGUUAUAUUUCGUUUGGGAAGAAUUCUUCCAGGAGGUGCAAAAGGUCCAGGUCUAUUUUUUGUUGUACCCUGUAUGGAUCGAAUGCGUAAAGUGGAUUUGAGAACAGUGACAUUUGAUGUGCCACCACAAGAAGUACUUACACGGGACUCGGUAACAGUUGCCGUUGAUGCUGUUGUCUAUUAUCGAAUAUACAAUCCAGUGGUAGCAAUUACAAAUGUGGAAGACGCAGAUCGUUCUACACGUCUUCUCGCAGCAACCACUUUGAGAAAUGUGUUAGGUACAAAGAAUCUAUCUGAAAUUUUAUCAGAACGUGAUAUUAUCUCCAGUAUGAUGCAGACUAUGUUGGAUGAAGCGACAGAUCCAUGGGGUGUGAAAGUAGAACGAGUUGAAGUUAAAGAUGUGCGUCUUCCUGUUCAAUUGCAACGUGCUAUGGCAGCAGAAGCUGAAGCAGCCAGAGAAGCUCGUGCAAAAGUUAUUGCUGCUGAAGGUGAAUGGAAAGCUUCACGUGCAUUGAAAGAAGCCGCUGAUGUCAUUACUCUAUCACCAUUUGCUGUACAGCUAAGAUAUUUACAAACACUGAGUACAAUAUCAGCGGAGAAGAAUUCAACUAUUAUCUUCCCGCUACCAGUUGAUUUAGUUACACAUUUUAUGCACAAUAAUCACGGGUCGAAUAGCAAUAGUAAUAAGAAAAAUAAUAAUAAUAACAAUAAUGUUGAUAACAAUACUCCUAGUCAAGUAAAAGUAGUACCACCACCACGUCUUGGUCUUAUCGAUAGUGGAAGUAAUAAAAAGCUGUUAGAUACUAUCCCCACGACAAUACCAGUUAUCGGUGGGACAACAAUAAUCGCUAGCAGUGGAGUUAUGUCACCGCCUGUACCUGUUGUCAUCGGUGGAGAAAUCCCGUUUACCGACAGUAACAAUAACAAUACUAAUAGUAAUAACCAAUAUAAUGUUUAA